AAAUAUCAAAUUUAAUUCAACGAAAUAUCUUCCAAAUAUUAAGUAAUGAAUAUUAUUACAAAAUAAGAUAUGAUGCUUGUUCUUUCGUUAGAAAUAUUCUAGGAAGAGGUACCCAAUGACAUUUUUCUCGAUUUUGAAGCAAAAAUGAAGUAGGAGUUUGGGUGUUUUUCACUUUAUCCAAACAUAAAACAAUUCCUGUUUUCACCUCGUUAUUUUCCACAUAACUAACUUCCGCUUCUUUCAGAAUAUCCGGAUCAUGUAUGAUUCCAUUCGGAGGAAUUUCCGUUUCAAUAUCUUGCCGUAAAAAGUAAACUUUGAAACCAUUUUUUAUCACUGACGCUUCUCCAAGAACUAGGCAAGGGUAUAAAUUUCCCUUUUCCAUAAUUGCGAAAAUGAAUUUCGAUUUAAUGUCCCUGAAAAUAUUUUUUCACUCAUGAAAUAUUGUGCAUUUUUGAUACAUACGAAAGCUUCAAACAAUUUAUUUGUUCUUCGCACGUUGAACAAGAAUUAACUAAAAAUUUUUUGAAUUUUCCCAUAGUAAUUUUUCAAAUCUGAAUUUUGUUUGACAAAACCUGCGGAUAAAAGAAGGCUGUUGUCAAAACGGCAACAAAAGAAAUAUAAUAUACUGACGAAUUGAUUGAAGAAAAGAUAUUGAAAUGAAUUUAGCAACGAAUUUGGUCAAAAAUGCGAGAACAAAGUUCACUCUACCUGAAUUGGCUUACAACUAUAAGGCUUUGGAACCCAUAAUAAGUGGAGAAAUCAUGGAAAUUCAUCACACCAAGCAUCAUCAAGCUUACAUAACCAAUUAUAAUGCUGCGGAGGAAAAACUUAAGGUGGCAGUUGAAAAGGGAGAUGCAAGCGCAAUUAUUGCUCUUCAAGGUGCUUUAAGAUUUAAUGGCGGUGGUCAUAUAAAUCAUUCAAUUUUUUGGAAUAACCUAACCCCUGAAUCAACAAAACCUAGUGCUGAAAUGAAUUCAGCAAUAGAGGCAAGUUUUGGUAGUUUUGAAAAAAUGGUUCAACUGCUCAGUGCUGUUUCCGUGGGAGUUCAAGGAUCUGGAUGGGGUUGGCUCGGUUAUGAUAAAAAUGAAGGAAAAAUUAAGGCAGUUGCUUGUGCGAACCAAGAUCCACUUCAAGCUACUACAGGAUUGAUUCCCUUACUUGGUAUUGAUGUUUGGGAACAUGCCUAUUACUUGCAGUAUAGGAAUGUAAGGGCAGAUUAUGUAAAAUCUAUUUUUGAUGUGAUUAAUUGGAAUGAUGUUUCUGAAAGGCUCAGGAAAGCUAAAGAAUAGAACCAUACUAAUGCAUUGCUUGUAAAUAUAAUUUCAAAUGAAAUGUUAUGCUUUAUUUCAUAAGUCUGUUAAAUGAUUUUAGGGAAAAAAUAAUAUUGUACCAUUCCCACCAAAUGAGUUGAUAUUUAAUGAUAAGGUUAUUAGAUGUAGAUAAGAAUACACUUAUAUUAUUA